CAAGUCUCUUCACUAUCAUAUAUUUAUUUCAAAAAUGACAAAAAUGCUGACAUCGCCGCUCUGGUCACUACUCGCCGUGACUUUCAUCUCAGUCAUCUCCAUCGUCCGAUCAUGCUCCCCUUCCGAUCAGACGGCUCUCAAUGCGUUCAAGUCGUCACUGAGCGAACCAAACCUCGGCAUCUUCAACACUUGGUCCGAAAACACAGACUGUUGCAAAGGAUGGUACGGCAUUAGCUGCGAUCCGGACUCGGGUCGGGUCACUGAUAUUUCUCUCCGUGGCGAAUCCGAAGACGCCAUUUUUCAAAAAGCAGGCCGGUCCGGUUAUAUGACCGGUUCGAUUGACCCGGCGGUUUGCGGCUUAACCUCGCUCAAUUCCUUCGUCCUCGCCGACUGGAAAGGAAUCUCCGGCGAGAUUCCUCCUUGCAUAACCUCCUUAGCCUCUCUCCGCAUCCUCGACCUCGCCGGAAACAGGAUCACCGGAGAGAUUCCAGCCGAUAUCGGCAAACUCACCAAGCUCGGCGUUCUGAACCUCGCCGAGAAUCGGAUGUCCGGCGAGAUUCCGGCGUCGCUGACGUCGCUCGCGGAGCUGAAGCAUCUCGAGCUGACGGAAAACGGAAUCUCCGGCGAGAUCCCGGCGGAUUUCGGAUCGUUGAAGAUGCUGAGCAGGGCGUUACUGGGCCGUAACGAACUAACCGGUCCGCUUCCGGAGUCGAUCUCCGGUAUGGACCGGUUAGCGGAUCUGGAUCUAUCGAGGAACCAUAUCGAGGGUCCGAUACCGGAAUGGGUGGGUAACAUGAAGGUGCUCUCUCUUUUGAAUCUCGAUUGCAACUCGUUAACCGGUCCUAUCCCCGGUUCGAUUCUCAGCAAUUCCGGUUUUGGUGUUUUGAAUUUGAGCCGAAACGCGCUGGAAGGAACAAUACCCGACGUUUUCGGAUCCACGACCUAUUUCGUGGCGCUUGAUUUGUCUUACAAUAAUCUAGCGGGUCGGAUCCCUGACUCGCUAUCUUCAGCUAAGUUCGUGGGCCAUCUCGAUAUCAGCAACAACAAGCUUUGUGGGCCUAUUCCAACCGGUUCUCCUUUUGAUCACCUUGAAGCGUCGUCGUUUAGUGACAACCAGUGUUUGUGCGGUGGCCCUCUGAUGAAGACAUGUUAAUAAAACAAUCGAUUAUGGUUCCGGUUCUGCUGAACCGGGUGUUUUAUCAAGUUCCUUGUUGCUCUUGUUCCAUAUUGGUUUAACUGUUUAUUUAUUACCUUUUCAAAUUAUAAGUGCCACAGCUAAUGUGUUUCUGUUGGCUACGAUUUGCUACAAUGGUCCAAUAUGUUUCCUGGUAUAUGGAAUAUGGUAGCACAUGUUAUAUGGAAGCACAUGUUAUUAUCA